CGCACAUUCAAACGCUCCGAGACAAGCGGAUAAAUGUCUCUCACGCACCGGGAAUAACAGCAGCGAACUCAACAUACAUGCUUUCGAACACUGGAUUUCUUACAUCGGCCGGUUAAGACGCGUUAAAGCGCGUGUUUAACUGUGUUAAACUGUAUGUUCACGCGCUUGGACGUGUUCGGGAAUGUCAGGAUAAAGUCUCGCGCUCACUUCCUGUGGAGCUUCAGCCGUCGGGAGCGCGUUCCACCUUCAAGGACGUUGAUGUAGUUUGGUGAGCUGUGAAGAUGAGUGUGACGUCAUGGUUCCUGGUGAGCAGCUCGGGCAUGCGUCACCGGUUGCCACGGGAGAUGAUCUUUGUGGGUCGAGAGGACUGUGAACUGAUGCUACAGUCUCGCAGUGUGGACAAACAACAUGCCGUGAUCAACUAUGACGUGUCCACAGAUGAGCACAUGGUCAAAGAUUUGGGCAGCCUCAAUGGGACAUUUGUGAAUGACCUUCGUAUUCCCGAUCAGACGUACAUCACCCUGAAACUGUCCGAUGUCAUUCGCUUUGGAUAUGAUUCACAUAUAUACAUCCUUGAGAGAAGUCAACACAAAGUGCCUGAAGAAGCACUGAAGCAUGAGAAAUACACCAGUCAGCUUCAGUUCAAGAGUCAAGAGACGCUGGAAGCCAAGAAACAUGGACACACAGAUGAGAGACGGCGAAACACAGACAUAUCACGUGUUAAACCGGACAAAACGGAGCGCAGAAACAUCACAGAUCUGUCCAUCUCCAGACCCACUCCUCUGUAUGGUCAGCCAUCCUGGUGGGGUGAGGCUGAUGAAGAUAAUCAUCAUCAUCAGAAUGAGAAUCAUACAGAAAGCCAAAAAGAAGACAUCAAACAUGAGUUGACUGCCUCUCCAGAUGACCUUCAAGAUGGGCAGAUCAAGUCCGGUUACUGUUACCGCAAGGAACCAAGCUACUUUGAGAUCCCCACCAAGGAGAUCCAGUCCAAGCCCAAAAGUGCACCACUGGAUGUCCAGGAGAUCCCAACAAAAGACACGGACAACAAACCUCCAGCCACACCCCCAGUGGUGCAGGGCCACGCCUCCUUUACAAUUGAGUUUGAUGACCAAACACCUGGAAAGAUGAAGAUCAAGGACCAUGUCACAAAGUUCUCCAUCCGUCAACACCGGACUCCCAGCAAAGAGUCUACAGCCACACUUCCAGAGGUGAUGUCCGUGGAAAACAAAGUUGCUGAUUGGUUGGUCCAGAGUGAUGCCAGUAUGCUGAGGUGUCUAGAUGGUCAGUCUGUGGCAGAGGAACACUUUAACAAGACCUUGAAAGAUGGACACCUUCAUGAAGAUGGUGAUUUGGAGGAUCCAGAAGAAAUGCAAGACCUUCAGUCAACGUCCCUUUUAGGGUCACAAAAGAUUGUAACUACACAACCUGUCACCCCUCCAGAGGAAGAUGAUUACUGUACUAACUAUACACCAGAGUCCAAAAACCAAGGCAAACAAGACCCACAGCAAGCUUUUGUCAUUGACUUUUUUGAUGACAGUCAACGGAAAAAGCGUUCACAGUCUUUCACCAAUAAUGUGUCUUCUCCUGACCUUCAGUAUGCUCUCAGAAACAAGUUAGACAAACGGAAAGGUACAACCACAUCCUCCGGUCAUAAUCCACCCACCCAACAGUUCACCAUUCCCCUCAAAGGUUCUGAUAGACCUCAGAAGGCUGGAUCCCUCCAGCGGGAGAAGAGUGAAAUCCGCAUGAGUACCUCUGAAUUUUCAUCCCGCUCUGUGUCAAAACCUUUCAGCAGCGUCGGUCGAAGGUCUAAACUGACACAGGAGUUUGCAGCAGAGUUGCUUAGAGUGUCCAACACUAGUUCUACCUCCACGUUGGAUGCAAACUAUAGUAGGUCUAACUCUACAUGGGUGAAGACCCCAUCAACUACAUCUGCUUUGUCAACACCAACAACAAACGCUGGUUCUGCUGUGACACAUCAGAGUCUUCCUACCUCAUCUCAUUCUCAUACCAUGAAUCAGACAUUUUCCACCUCACUUUCCCAACAGUCAAGGUCUCAAAACCCUUCUUCUGUGCCCAUGGAAGACAAUGACAAGGAAGUCAAUACCCUUGGACCCAAGCAAGAAGAAGACAGUUUAAGUGAUGCAGGUACCUAUACCAUUGAGACAGACGGACCAGACAAAGAGGUGGUGGAAGCACGGAACAUGAUCGACCAGGUGUUUGGUGUUGGCGACAGCAGCCAAACCUCAGCUGCAACAACAUUUAAGUCUAUAGUUGAUCACAGUAAGGGCCAUGAUAGCCUUCUACUCAGUGAGAAUAGCUCUGGCCCAAAAUUGGGCCAAUACCCAACAGACCAUAGUGACACAGCCAAGAGUCCUGGACAGGUACAGUCGAUGAUGACAUUAACACCUGGAGGCACUAGGUGGGUUUCUCGCUGGGCCAGUUUGGUUGACAGCUAUUCAGAUUCUGAUCCUGCAUCAGGACUGUUUGAUAUCCAUUCACAGGUUGAGCUUUCCUCCAGAGCUGGUGGAAAAGUCAUCCACCAAGUUAUGCUUAACCGAGGUGCUGACUGCUCAGAAGGCCAAAGCAGCAGAACAAGACGAGUUUUGCCUCCGGUUCCUUUGAAGGAGAAGAUUGAGACGCCACCACCCACAAUACUCAUCCAGCCUGAUGCUUACCUCUCUGGUGUUGAGAGGAGUUCUCAAGUUCAGAAGGAAAAGUGGGAUCCCCAGAAGCUUAGUGUCCAAGAAGAUCUGGACCCUGACAGCCUGAGUGAUGCCAGUAAGUCUGAUGAUGGCUCUGUUGUGGAGCAGAGUUGGACAACUCCUGGUAGAACCGAGAAGACAUGGAACCAGUCUCCUACGACCCUACCUAAUCAAGAGAAGGUGUCAACUUCUGGUGAGGUCAAGACUGAAAAAGAUGAGGAUUCGCCUCCCAAAUUCUCAACAGCCACUGUAACGAGACAGUAUGCCAAGCUCAACAAGAAUAACUUCUCACCACCCGACAUUAAUCAAAACAAGGAGGCUUCUCAUAAUAUAGACAAUUCUAUUUCUUUUAUUAGACAGGAAAGUUAUACAAAAGAAAGUUCCAGCGACAAUGUCCAGUUGUCCAGAUUGCCCCAAAUAUCAAGUCUAACCUCUUGUAAGGACAGAGAGACUGUAGGAGCUUUAAAAGCUGUAAACAGUCAAGACACUCAGUCUUACCUCAAAGACACUGAGGAUGUUCUUGCAGCUCUGGAGGCCAAACUUCUGAAGCAAGACAAUGGUUGCUCCCAUCUGGAAGACUCUGAAGAAUCAGAUGUAGACACUUCCAGUACAGUCAGUGGCAAAAAUGCUCCAGAUUCUGUGCCCAAGAAGCCUGUGGUCCUCAGAGGACUCUUAAAAGAUAAAACAGCUUCCAGUCAGUGUUCAAGAGAAUUUAAGACUUCCGAUGAUCCAUGGUCUGAAAAGAGACAAUCCAGUGUAAAGGACAGCGAUGAUAAGGUAGAGCCAAGCAAGCAUUUUCAGCUCCGUCGCAACCUUAGUUCUCUGGACUUCUCAGAUCUUCAGAGUUCCACUACACGCAAUCGGGCUGAUGUUGUCUCAGACCAGGAAUCAAGAUCCCAACCCAACAAGAAAUGUACCAUUCCCCUUCAGAGGGAAAACUCAAGCAAGUCCAAAAGCACAGUAAGCCAAGCACUGUCUCGUUCCAAUAGCCUCUGCUCUCCAAGACCCACAAGGACUUCAAUGCUUCGCCGCGCCCGAUUGGGUGAAGCUUCUGACAAUGAAGGCACAGAAACUGACCGCAUGUCUCAAAACUCAGACAGCAACCCCUCUUCCAUCAAAGUCACUCAGGAGAGCAAGAAGCCCUCGCGACUGGACAUUUUAGCAAUGCCCAGGAAAAGGACAGGGUCCUUCACCACACCCAGUGACACGGAGUCCUCCACAAGCCGGACAGGCUUUUCAAACCGCAGUACAGAGUCGGGAAGCUCUGUGCGGAAAGCUUCAGUGCCGGACCCCAAGGCCCUUCUGCACAAGGCUUCAGGGGCCACAAACAGACAACCAAUCAUCCGCGGACGAUCAGGCAGUGCCAAGUAUGCCAGCAGCACUGCCAGCUCCAGGAGGCGCCAAAAAGGUUCAGACUACGCCUCCACCUCGGAGGAUGAGUACGAGUCUAACCAUAGUACCCCUAAACACAAACGCUCCCAUCAUUCAGGGGCCCAGCAGACCUCCAGAAUCCACCCACCCGGUCCGAUGCGAGCAGGACCCAUACUGAGAGAUUCAGAGGGUGAAGGACACGAGAGCGACACGUUCCAGAACUGGACGUCUCACAGUGCCGAGAUUGCCAGACUGAGUCAAGACUUGGCCAAAGAUUUGGCUAUUCUGGCUCAAGAGAUUCAUGAUGUUGCUGGAGACACUGAAUCUCAGAGUGCUUCUGCAGACAGGAUGGGACCAGCAUUAUCUGCCCAUGAAGAGCAUCAGAAUCCAGAGUCUAGUCUGAAUUUCCAGAAAGAGUCUCCAGACUCUGUGAUGGUUGAAGAGUCUGAGCAGACUUUUAGAAAUGAAGACCUCAAACAACAAGAUGAGGUGACUUUAAACAAUGUGAUGUUGAAUCCAGUGUCACAGCUGUCUCUUGCGAUCCGUGAGAAUACCGAACAACUUACAGAGAAAAUCAAGUUUUUGUUCCAUAAUAAGACGGAUGCUUUGAGAGAGAUUGAGUCAAGAAUCAAUGCUGCUGAUGAUUCGCCACCACUGAAAACAUCAAACAAGGAAAUUGCAUCAAUUCUCAGAGAACUGAGGAGAGUCCAGAAACAGUUAGAAGUCAUCAACACGAUCAUAGAUCCUCAAGGAAAUCCAGAUCUCAGUAAGACUUUCUCCACAAGAGGUUUAUCAUCGGCUGGGGUUCGGAGUUCAAGACCUGCAUCCCGGGAUUGGAGGUCUUCCCCGCGAGGCGGUGGACCCACACCGAGCGCCCGACGGAUGUUUAGAAGUUCAGAUAGAGAAGGGUCUGUGGUGUGAUGGCUGAGGGGUUUGCCAAAUUGUACAAAACAUCAUCACUAGACACUUUGAUACUGAUUAAAGCUUUAGACACAUAAGUCUAAAUCUACCUUGGCUCUUAGGUGGAAUGAACAUAUCUUGACCCAUCACUAGCUUCCUCGUUAUCUUUGGGAGAAUAUGAUGUCAGGCCUGUUUGCACAUUUGUAUCUUCCUUUAUCAUAAAGACAUGAAUGGCAGUUUCAACAACGAAUGGCAUUCACUAUGUAAAACUAUGAUUUUUGACGUUAAAAUGUAAAGUGUAAAUACACUGGUGUUAAUUUACUUUGUUACUUUUUGAUUGUUGUUAUAGAUAGAUAGGUAAAGUAAUAUACGAGAUUAUUUAAAUCACUUUUUGUUGAACAGGGUAUUUGUACAUGUUAAAGUUCAUUAAAGAAAUUAUU